UAAGAAUUAUUAGAUAUGUAAAAAGUAAAAAAAAAUGCAGCUUGCAGACGCUUACUUUAGUUCUCUGGUAAAUAAGAUACAGAACCUUGAGUUAGUAGUAAUGUUCAAUAUCUGCAUAUACUUCAACGUAUUGUGAACAUUUGUGGAAUGGAAAAUAAUACUGUAUAAGGGAAAUUUACAAGCUGUUGCUGCAACGUCUAUUCUGUUUGCUCAAGAAUAAGAAUAUUAAAAUGCAAACGGUAGGCAGAUUCUGAAUGUAUAAAACAGUAUAGUUUUUUUUUCUUUUAACAUUCCUGAUGACUGAACUGCCAGAUACUGAGUCUAUGUAGAACAAGCAUAUUGAAUGACAAAUUGGAAAAAGAAGUGUCUAGGAAGAGAAUUUUGCCAUUCAGUUCCAGGAAGUUAUUGUUUGUUUGGAUACCAUUUCUUUUUUAUAUUUGAAUACAGCUUCAAGUCUCUGUUCUAAAUAUUGUUGGAAACACAUGAGGCCAUGGCAGAUGUUGAUGUUCAAACAUCCAUACCCAAAAGGUGUGGUCCAUACAUUUCUUCCAUCACCAGCCACAGCUUGAACCUGGUCCUUCGUGGGAUAGUCCUGUUCUUAAUUGGAGUCCUUCUUGCAUUAAUAUUAAACUUGCUUCAGAUACAAAGAAAUGUCACCUUAUUUCCACCGGAUGUGAUUACAAGCAUCUUUUCUUCAGCUUGGUGGGUACCCCUUGGAUGCGGCACAGCAUCAGCUGUAAUUGGAUUAUUGUACCCAUGCAUGGAUAGACAUCUGGGAGAACCUCAUAAAUUGAAGAGAGAGUGGUCCAGCGUGAUGAGAUGCGUAGCAGUCUUUGUUGGCAUAAAUCAUGCCAGUGCUAAAGUGGAUUUUGCCAACAACUUUCAGUUGUCUCUCACGCUUGCUGCACUUUCAGUGGGGCUCUGGUGGACUUUUGAUAGAUCUCGAAGUGGUUUUGGACUUGGAAUAGGAAUUGCAUUUUUAGCCACUUUGGUGACUCAGCUUUUGGUCUACAAUGGAGUUUAUCAAUACACAUCUCCUGACUUCCUUUAUGUCCGUUCCUGGUUGCCCUGUAUAUUCUUUGCUGGUGGAAUAACUAUGGGAAACAUUGGCAGGCAGCUAGCAAUGUAUGAAUGUAAAGUUAUUACGGAAAAGUCUCAUCAAGACUGACAAGAGCAAAAAAUACUUUUCUCACAGGAGGAGGAUGAGCAGACUGAGAAGAGCACACAAUAGAGAGAACUCGAUUAUAUAAUUGCCAAAAAAAAAAAAAAAAGCAAUCUCCCUCUCUUGUUUCUUCUGGUCUUGUCCCUGGUUGUGUCUCUGGCCUGGUCCACUCGCAAAGGCACUAUUUACUGCAAUCUGUGAUUGCUGAACCUCUGGGUCACUUAAAAAUCCUGGCAUUUUAGGAACGUGAUCUGUGCGAAACAGUGCUUCAGUGCAAUAUGCUGGAGAAAGUAUUGGCUUCUGAGUAGGAUCCUGAACUAGGCUAGGCUUGCCAUGUAGUGUCCCUACACACACACACACACACACACACACACACACACUGUAAGGUUCUUGUGCCAAACCAAGCUUACAACAAAACAAAGUAUCACCCCCUCCUCUCCUGGCUGCAUUACUUUUUACUUACUUUGGCCAAUUUUGAGAGAGGUGGUAUUCUUAAGAGUGUUGCUGUUUUAUUGUACCUCAGGUCAGAGGGAUAAAGGGUCCCCAAGGACACUGAUGGAAUCAGCAUCAAAAGUAUAAUCAGUGCUGUGACUUCUCUUGGUAAAAAGGUAAAUAAAUUUACAGAAUAGCUGCACAUAAUGUGAACAUGGAUAUUCUGUUUUGUAUCAAGAGUUGAUGGCAUAGUUGGAUGCAAAUGCACGAUUUGCAAUACAAAUGAGUAGUACUGCUACUGCACUCUCCAUGUCUAUGCCUGUAGUGUGUUGAGUGUGGGACCACUCUGUAAAUAAAUACACCCUGUUGUAGGACCCUUCAUCCCAUAGCAGCAGCAGCAAUAUAGCUGUUUAUUGAGCUGUGAUUCACGCUAAAUGGUAAUAUUAAGGCUCUCCAUAAAUAAGACAUUUACAGUUGGUAGUUUAGUUCUGGAAAUAUGAAAAUCCAACUUUCUUUUUAAGUUUGGUAAGAUGAACUUCAGUGUAGUAAUUGAAAGUACCUCUCUCACUUUGUAUAGUAAAACAUGGGUAGCUGCUUGCAUUCUGAUCAUAGGAACUAUAAAUGUUCCUUUACUGAGAUUGUUAUUGCUGUUAGAGAAAUGUCAUAUGACAAGGUAAAUUCUAACAAAAGAGAGGCACAGCUGAAGACAAUAUUAUGGUACUGCAUCAGUAGAGCUGAUCCUUGAGUUUGGUAAAAAGGAGAAAGGAAAAAGAAACUUCUUUAUAAUACCAUUUUAAAUCAUUCAAUUUAAUUGCUACUAUAAUCUGUGUAUAAAGUGAAAAGCUGCUGGUGUUUUUUAAAAAAAAUUAUACUCAGUGCAAGUUUUAAAAAAUGCAGCCACUCAAAGAGGCUGUUAUUGGUCCAAAGAAAAAUAUGUGCGUGUAUAAAUUAUAUAUAUAUAAUUUUAUUUUUCUUUUAAUAUAUUCAUAAAAAUGUAGAAUUGGAAAACUAAGAUUUUUAAAGACUUGCACACUAAUACAUGAAGAAUAUGCAAUGAGAGCCUGGGGGGAAAAUAAACCAAGCUUUGGAAAGGAAAAUGUGCAAUCAAUAAGUCUUAGAAAAAUAGCAAACAGUAUGCAAAAUAGCAGUAGCUUUAAUUUUCGACUAGCUGUUGCAAAUUCACACUAUUGCACUACAAGGUCUUUAAUAUAGUUGUAAUGUUAUCAGAUUGAAUAUUAGAAAACACUUAAAGUGUUAGUGCACCUCCCUAUAUGCCUUUCCCCAUAUGAAAUAUACCGCAAAACAAUUCAUAAGGCUUAAUUUUAAGACAUCUCUAACAGCGUAAUGUCUCUGAGUGGCUUAAGAUUGAGAGAUCUGGUCCUUAUUGAGUUUAUUUGGUUCUGCUGAAUCCAGUUCUUCAGAGUUGUCAGCAGAGCUUAUUAAAAUGAUAGGAGUCCUUUGAAGGUUUAACUAUGAUAACCUAGCUCUUACCAGAUAGUCUAAUUAUUGAAUUGGAGUGUUGCUGUAACAAAAUACAACUUGUGUGGCUUUGAAUGGAGCUGCAUCAUAAUUUUGUAGUUAUCUGGCCUCCUAACACAUGGGUGGUAUACAUGUUUUUAAAAUAAGAUCUGUUACUUUGUAGUUUUGUGGGCAGAUUUUACGGGAUUAAGCUACCUUAAAGUGAAAGGGAAUAAUGGCUUUCACAAGGUUUACUAAGUCUAAUUGCAGGUAAUAGUGUUAUUUGGUUCAAUUUAUGGGUGUAAUGACUGAUUGCCAAUGAUGACUUUUCUGCAGAAGAUAUUGGACUUAAUCGUAAUAGUUCUUCAUUAUCUUGCUAAGAAGUCCAGAAUAGUUCACAGGUUUUCGUAAACCUUAAAACAUGAAGUCGUAUCUCAUUGCAUAUUGUCCUGAAGACAGAUACCACCAUUUGCAUAUUAGCUUAUUCAGUAAUCAUCAUAGUUGCUCUUCAGUGAAUAUGCACCCACUUGAAAUUUUUUUGACCAGCACUUCUGAUAUGGAGCAAAUUACUCAUCUUUUCAAAGUCACUUUGAUAGGCCGCUAUUAUCUCUUAAAUAUUUCUAUUGAGCAAAAUUUACAUUGUUUCUCUGUAUUACCAUCAGCCGGUACUGAAUUAUGAGAGGAGAGGUUUGUGAUGAGAAUGCCUUAAUUACAGUGGUGGGAGAAAAGCAACUGCUAUAUGAUGUGUCACUAUAAUAAUACAUUGUCUUCAAAAUGCUGUAUAGAGGAUGAAUAAGGUAUAUUUUAGAUACAACUUUGUAAGCACUAUAAACUCUUCACUAGUUGUGAACAAGUUGUUAAUGUUUACUUCAGGCUGCUGUUAAAAGCAAAAUAUGUAUUAAAUAAAAUUACAGUCUUGAAAACUUAA